GCGGUCUUUUAAAAUCAUUCAAAUGCAAAAUACUGCGAGCGUAAGAGAAAACUAGGGCUUGCGAAUCGCCUGAAACUCGUGUUCGAUCAUGGAGUCUGGUUCGUCUCGUACGCGCAUCGAUCAGUUUUUUACUUCAAAGAAGAAGAAAUCCUUAUCACCAGGUUUGAAGCCUCGGAGGAUCGAGAAAGAUGCAAAACCAACACUUGAAGGGUCUCCUGGUGCCAAAGGUUCUUUGGACAGCUAUUUGGUUACCUCACAAGAUGAUAAUCGUACUACUAACAUUUUGCUCAAAGCUCCUGGUCCAUUUGCCAGGCAAGAUCCGGUCAAGAGAAACCUCACAUUGGAAAUUGAUUUGUCUUCCAAAGAUGAAAAGAAAGAGGCCUUUUCAUCGAUCCAAGGGUGCCCUCAAACUUCUGAAGCUGCCGGAGAGGCCAAGAGGGAACAAUUUCGGGUUCCAUCUGAAGUGGGUGACCUUGCAGUCAGAGGUCUUGCGAAGGGAUGCUCAGAUCCUGUGCACAGUGCAGGGAACUCUGAACUUAAACAGUUUGCAGCUGACUUUUUGUCCUUCUAUUGCAGUGAGCUUCCAUCAAGUGUAAGUUCACCGUCUGAGCCGGAAACAAAUGCACACAAAAGACAUGGUAGUCCGUCAGUGCUAGUUGUGGAGGAUAGAUCAAUCAAGAGAAGGCAUUGCAUCAUUGAUGGGGACCAGUCUCAGACCAAGGGUGAAACCCCUUGUUGUAGUGCACCGACUGAUAUCAUUGCGAAAUCUGGAGAAGCAGUUUUCAACUAUUCCAGAGAGGUGAUUGUGGGUAAUGGUACCAUUGAACAUCAAGCGAGCUUGAGAAAAUGCAAUAAAGCAUCCGCAGGCUCCGGAUGUGAUACACCUGGUCCGUUGACGAUCAAGGCUGGAGCUCGUGAAACUCCCAGGUCAUCACGUGGAAGCUCCAUAUUUUCGCCUGGAGAAGCGUUUUGGAAUGAGGCAAUUCACGUUGCUGAUGGUUUGUUUGCUACAAAUGAUAACCUGUCUUUUGGGGUUGCUGAAGAAAUUAAUUUAUUAAAGAGCCAAUGUGAGAUAAAAAAUUCAAACAAUAUGCGGAAUGGAGGGUGUGUCAAUAAAUCAAACGGAUUAUUGGAUGAAGGUGCAAGCAAAAUCUGUAAUUCAGAAGUGAAUGCUUCUUUUGGGUCACUGGGAAAGCAUGGAAAAAAUUUGGAUAAAGAAGCGUCCCCAUUGCCUGUUAAGCAUUUUGACUUCUCAUUUGUUGAAAAAAAUUUGGAUGCGGACACCCCAACUCAUUGUUUAGUAGAUAACAUGAAAGAUCUUAUGCCUAUAGAUGGUGAACAGACUGGAUGUGUUUCUGUAAGUAAUAAAAGUCUUCAAACCACUAAUAUUACAACCCAUGGUGGCGAAGCUUGUUUCAAUUCUGAAAUGCAUGAAGUGCAAGGGAUGCCGAUCAAUUGUGCUGUCGCAAAAAGGAAAGCACAUUAUUUGAGUCAAGAUAAUGAUAGCAUCACAUCUAAUACGCCAGAUAUGAAAAUCAGAGGAUGCAACAAAGAUAGUACUCCGUCAAAUUUUGCUCUGGUAGAAGAUCGUUUAGAUCUUAGCAACUGGCUCCCUUCUGAAAUAUGCAGCAUAUAUGAGAAGAGAGGAAUAUCAAAAUUAUAUCCAUGGCAGGUUGACUGCCUUCAGGUGGAUGGUGUCUUAGAGAAAAGGAAUCUUGUAUAUUGUGCAUCUACGAGUGCUGGUAAAAGUUUUGUUGCUGAAAUUUUGAUGUUGCGGCGAGUCUUAUCAAUUGGAAAGAUGGCACUUCUUGUACUGCCAUAUGUAUCAAUUUGUGCAGAGAAGGCUGAACAUCUGGAGGUCCUCUUGGAACCACUCAAUAAGCAUGUGCGUAGUUACUAUGGAAACCAAGGUGGUGGAACACUUCCUAAAGAUACCUCGGUAGCAGUCUGUACGAUUGAGAAGGCAAACUCUUUAAUUAACAGGUUGCUAGAAGAGGGUCGCCUUUCAGAAGUUGGAAUAAUUGUGAUAGAUGAACUGCAUAUGGUUGGUGAUCAGAGUAGGGGUUAUCUUUUGGAACUUUUGUUGACAAAGCUUCGUUAUGCAGCUGGUGAAGGCAAUGUGGAAUCAUCCAGUGGAGAAAGCUCAGGUAUGAGCAGUGGUAAGGCUGACCUUGCCCAUGGUCUCCAAAUCGUUGGGAUGAGUGCAACCUUGCCAAAUGUGGCUGCAGUUGCUGACUGGCUUGAAGCAGCGUUAUACCAGACAGAUUUCCGCCCGGUUCCACUGGAGGAGUUUAUUAAAGUUGGUAACACAAUUUACAACAAACAAAUGGACAUUGUUCGGACAAUCUCAAAAACAGCCAACCUUGGUGGUAAAGAUCCUGAUCAUAUUGUAGAAUUAUGCAGUGAGGUUGUUCAAGAUGGCCACUCGGUGCUCCUAUUUUGCUCUAGUCGAAAAGGAUGCGAAUCAACUGCCAGGCACGUUUCGAAAUUCCUCAAGAAAUUUUGUGUCAGUGUUCAUCGUGAUCAAAGUGAGUUCAUUGAUAUUAGUUCUGCCAUUGAUGCCCUACGGAGGAGUCCUGCAGGAUUGGAUCCAGUAUUAGAAGAAACUCUUCCUUCUGGUGUUGCCUUCCACCAUGCUGGUCUCACGGUUGAGGAAAGAGAGAUUGUUGAAACCUGCUAUCGUAAAGGACUUGUACGUGUCUUAACUGCUACAUCUACCUUAGCUGCGGGGGUUAACCUGCCUGCGAGGAGGGUCAUUUUCCGACAACCUAGGAUUGGUCGUGAUUUCAUUGAUGGGACACGGUACAGACAGAUGGCUGGUCGGGCUGGACGGACUGGAAUUGAUACAAAAGGGGAGAGUGUGCUAAUAUGCAAGCCAGAAGAGAUCAAAAGAAUUAUGGGGCUCUUGAAUGACAGCUGUCCUCCAUUGCACUCUUGUCUGUCUGAAGAUAAGAAUGGGAUGACCCAUGCAAUUUUAGAAGUUGUUGCUGGUGGGAUUGUCCAAACUGCUAAUGAUAUUCAUCGGUAUGUUAGGUGUACUCUUCUCAAUUCCACAAAGCCAUUUGAAGAUGUGGUGAAAUCAGCACAGGAUUCUCUUAGGUGGUUAUGCCAUAGAAAGUUUCUUGAAUGGAAUGAAGACACUAAGUUAUACAGUACCACACCUCUUGGCCGUGCGGCUUUUGGAAGUUCUCUCUGUCCAGAAGAAUCACUUAUUGUGCUGGAUGAUCUUUCAAGGGCGAGAGAAGGAUUUGUGCUUGCAUCUGAUUUGCAUUUGGUGUACUUAGUAACACCCAUUAAUGUUGAUGUUGAACCCGAUUGGGAAUUGUAUUAUGAAAGAUUUAUGGAAUUGCCUACUCUUGACCAGUCAGUUGGCAAUCGAGUUGGUGUGAUAGAACCCUUUCUGAUGCGCAUGGCCCAUGGUGCACCCAUGCGUACUAAAAACAGAUCAAGAGAUAACGUGAAAGGGUUGCAGGGAAGAUUUUCAGACCAUAGUAUGCUUUCAGAUGAGCAAACACUCAGAGUGUGUAAAAGAUUCUAUGUCGCGCUCAUCUUGUCAAGACUUGUGCAGGAAGUAGCUGUUGGCGAGGUUUGUGAAGCUUUUAAAGUGGCUCGAGGCAUGGUUCAAGCCUUGCAAGAAAAUGCUGGAAGGUUCGCAUCUAUGGUUUCCGUGUUUUGUGAGAGGCUUGGUUGGCAUGAUCUGGAAGGCUUGGUUGCCAAGUUUCAAAAUCGAGUUUCCUUUGGAGUUAGAGCUGAGAUCGUAGAGCUUACUAACAUUCCGUAUGUUAAGGGUUCUCGAGCGAGAGCACUUUAUAAGGCUGGCUUGCGCACACCUCAAGCAAUUGCUGAAGCAUCAGUUCCUGAAAUUGUUAAAGCUCUUUUUGAAUCUUCAUCAUGGGCUGCACAAGAAGGUUCAGCACAACGGCGGAUACAGUUGGGAGUAGCCAAGAAGAUAAAGAAUGGUGCACGCAAAAUUGUUCUUGAAAAAGCUGAAGAGGCAAGAAUUGUUGCCUUUUCUGCUUUCAAAUCACUUGGACUUGAUGUUCCCCAGUUUUCUCAACCCCUAACUGCUGCUGGUAAUACCAUACGAAAAGAAGCAAAUACCUCUUCCGUAGAAGUGACUACUGGUAGUUCUCUCGGUGUAGGGCAUGGAAAGGGUGUUCCUGCUGAGCCUUCUGUGGAAGGAAGUGAUAAUUUUGAUAAUGUUAGUUCUGAAGUUGAAGGAGAGAAGUCAACAAAAACCUCACGUGUUGGCGUAGGGGCUACAAUGGAAGCAAACUUAACUGUUACCAUGCGAAGUAACUUUGGUGCUGAAAAUCCCGCUGCAGCUGUUGAAGGGUCUGAUAGUCUUGAUUCUGAACUUAAUACCACUGUUGAUCAUAUUGAUAAUGUAGACAUGGGCCCCUCUGUCCAAUUAAGAGGUACUGGUAAUGCAAAUAGAAUAUCUGAAAGAAAAAAUGCUUGUCUUGGUAAUAGUGAAAAUACUUGCGAUAAGGGUCCUCUCAAUGCAGUUCAUGCUCUUGGUGGAUUUGAUUCUUUCUUGGAUCUCUGGGACACUACCCAAGAGUUUUAUUUUGAUAUACACUUUCACAAAAAAUCUGAAGUGAACUCUAUUGCUCCUUUCGAAAUAUAUGGCAUUGCAAUUUGUUGGGAAAAUUCUCCUGUAUACUAUGUCAAUCUUCCUAAGGAUCUAUUGUCAUCUGAUAGCCGAAGAAAUGAUAGCUUGUCCACAAGUGUUUCUGGUGAUAACAUGAAAAUUCUAGUACCAAAGAAUCGGUUAGAGAUAGCUAAUCAAAGAUGGAAUAGGAUAGGUUCGAUAAUGGGAAAAAAAAGUGUCAGAAAGUUUAGUUGGAACUUAAAAGUUCUGAUUCAGGUGCUGAAAAUUCCUUCCAUUUCCAUUCAAAGACUUGGUGACCUGAACCUUGCUGUGAAAACAAUGGGAGUAGGCAUUGACAGCUCAUACUAUUUGUUGGCUCCAGUUUAUGUACGAGAUGGAAUUGACAUGUGCAUUGCAGCAUGGAUCCUUUGGCCUGAUGAGGAGAGAAGCUCUAGUCCAAAUCUGGAAAAGGAAGUUAAGAAAAGAUUAUCCAGCGAGGCUGCAGCUGCUGCUAAUCGGCAUGGUAGGUGGAAAAAUCAGAUGCGAAAAGCUGCACAUAAUGGUUGCUGCCGUCGUGUUGCACAAACACGAGCCUUAUGUUCUGUUCUAUGGAAAUUACUAAUCUCUGAAGGACUUGCUGAAGCACUUAUGAGCAUCGAAAUCCCCCUGGUUAAAGUUCUUGCAGAUAUGGAGGUUUGGGGAAUAGGUGUUGACAUGGAGGGAUGCCUUCAGGCACGGCAUGUGUUGGGAAAAAAACUUAGAUAUCUUGAGAGGGAAGCUUACAAGCUUGCUGGCAUGACAUUUUCAUUGUAUACGGCGGCGGAUAUUGCAAAUGUUCUCUAUGUCCACUUGAAGCUGCCUAUACCGGAAGGCUACAAUAAAGGGAAACAACACCCAAGUACUGACAAGCAUUGUUUGGAUUUGUUAAGGCAUGAACAUCCUAUUAUUCCUGUCAUUAAAGAGCACAGAACAUUGGCAAAGCUAUUAAACUGUACGUUGGGAUCAAUUUGUUCGCUUGCUAAGCUUUCUAUGAGGACACAGAAAUAUACGCUGCAUGGCCAUUGGCUCCAAACAUCAACAGCUACUGGACGGCUUUCAAUGGAAGAACCUAAUCUUCAGUGUGUUGAGCAUAAGGUUGACUUUAAAAUGCAUAACAAUGACAAAGACUCAGGUAAUUCAGAUGCUGAUCAAUAUACAAUCAAUGCCCGCGAUUUUUUUGUCCCUACCGAGGACAACUGGUUACUGUUAACAGCAGAUUAUUCUCAGAUAGAAUUACGGUUGAUGGCUCACUUCUCUAAAGACCCUUCGUUAAUUGAAUUACUUAGUAAACCACAUGGUGAUGUCUUUACCAUGAUAGCAGCAAAAUGGACAGGGAAAACAGAGUCUACUGUUAAUUCUCAAGAGCGGGAUCAAACCAAGAGGUUGGUCUAUGGCAUUCUGUAUGGAAUGGGUGCUAAUACCCUCUCAGAACAAUUGGAAUGCAGUUCGGAUGAGGCUGCAGAAAGAAUUCAAAGCUUUAAAAGGUUAUUUCCCGGUGUGGCUUCCUGGCUUCAAGAGGCCAUUACAUCAUGCCGUCAGAAAGGAUAUGUGGAAACCCUCAAGGGAAGAAAGCGGUUUUUGGCAAAAAUAAGAAUUGGAAACAAUAAAGAAAAAUCUAAAGCUCAGAGACAAGCUGUGAAUUCUAUUUGUCAGGGCUCUGCCGCUGAUAUAAUCAAAACUGCGAUGAUAAAUAUACACUCUGUGAUUGUUGGAGAAGUUGACAUGCCUCAUUCUGCCACUGCAUUUGCAGCAAAAUUUCACAUUCUUAAAGGCCGCUGCCGAAUUCUUUUACAGGUCCAUGAUGAGUUAGUACUGGAAGCUGAUCCUUCUGUUAUAAAGGAAGCAGCAUUGUUGCUUCAAAUGAGCAUGGAAAGUGCUGCCUCGCUUCUUGUUCCUUUGCAUGUCAAGAUGAUGGUUGGGCGAACAUGGGGAUCUUUGGAGCCUUUUCUAGUUGAAGAAUAUAAAGAUGAAUUUAUUGCACCCAAUUCUUAGGUUACAAAGAGCCGUCUUUGCUUUUAAUCUAAAAUGAAUUUCUUGAUUCAAGAACAAAUGGCUUUUUGGAGAGACACGUGUUAUUGGUGUGAAACCUGCCAAGUUUCUAGUCAAGCAAAUUAAUCUUGCAUAUGGGGCUCGGUGGAAAAUUUACUGCAUGAGUUGCAGUAUCGCAAUUAUUUUUGUCCUCACCUGACAUAAAGCAGAAGGAGCGUUCCAGAAGAACUUUAGAGAUCUUCUUCCCUCUUGAUAAGGAGUUUCUGGACUUGCCUGACAUUUUAACCCCAAAGGUUAUGACAAGAUAUGAAGAUGAUAGAGGAGGUUCACAUGUUGCAGAGGAGAAAGAGUAUAAUGACCCAUGAAGAGAUAGGUUGAUCUAUCUAAAAUGAUCUGUAGGUGCCAUUUCUAGUGAUUUUGGGUUGAAAGAAAAACAAAAAAAGUUUGAAAUGGUUAUGUGAGGUGCUUUGGAAGGAACUUACAAAUGGAUGAUAAUCACAUUGGUCCUUGAGAACUUGCUGCUAGCGUAUGUGAUAAUCUUGCCAGAUGGUAAGGGAUUCUUUUUUCCCAUUUUGGUAGAUGAUAAAGGAGGUUCAAGUGUCGCAACAGACACAAAUGAAAUGGUCACCUAAGAAAUGGAUCAGUUCAACUGAGUGACAUGAUUCUAGUGAUAAAACCUAUGAAAACGUAAUAAUUGGAACCUGAGGCUUUGAUGCAGAGUUGUGCAAGGUACACUGAUCUAGACCUGGAGGGGGGUGAAUAGUCUUGUAGAGCAAAUUAAAUUUCUUGUUAAAUUCAGAUUUAUUAUACUUGAUUAUGCAUCUCGAUCAAUCCAUGCAUAAUCAUAUAUAAUCAAGUACACUGAUCUAGACUUGAUCAUCGUAUUAAAACCAUGCAUAAUCAAGUAUAUUUGGAAUCAAAAUAAGUUUAGAACUUUGAAAUUAAGAUGCCAUGUAUAGCAAUGCAUGUUCCUAAUUUUGGUGAGUGUGCGUCGUAGUGUGAAAUUACCUUUUUACCCUUGUUGAUGAAGAUUACCAUUUUGACCUUUGUAGUAGAAUAAAAUCCAUCUUUAAUUUGAAGGCAAUUACACUUAACUAACUUUUGACAAAUUAUAUCUAAACUAGGAAUUAAAACAAAAGUACAUGAAUCGUGUUUUCAUCUAGAAAUUUGCCAACUUAGUCUUAUUGAACAAACAUCUAGUUCUAGUUCUAGUUCUAGCUAGUUUGACUUAAAUCAAUCAAAAAGUCUUUAAACUUAGAAGAAAAGAGCACUGAAAGAACCUUCAUGCGGUUAUGCUGGUGAUAAUCAAUUGGCUAUUGAGGUUCUCUUUGCCAAUUUCUUAAAAUUUCUCACUGUUCUGUGUUUUGAAUUGUCAUGUAGCUUGUGAAGGAUUUUAAAGCAGGUAUACUUCAUCAAUCAUUGUGGAGUUUUUAUGUGAUUUGAAUAUAGUGGUUCCUGAAGGCUUAUCCAGUUCUUCAGUAAGGCGAUUCUUAAGCACCCUUUCAUUGCCAAAUGCUUAUUUUUGUUGUUGGUGACUCCAAGUCAUGUACAGAUCUCCAUGCUAACAAUAUUGAACUCUGAGAUUUUUGGUGUGAAUUUACUGUUGUAAUUAGUUUGUUAAUAUGCAUUAAAGAUGAUUUUUUUAGAUGUUUCAAGAAUUUCCUAUUUUGUUGUCUAUUGAUUUGAUGGAGAUAGCUUGGGGGAAGGUAUUCGCUGUUUAAUGGUAAAACACACUCAGGAAGGUUCCUUACUCCGAGAAUUUUGGGGACUGAUUUUAUUAGUUAGUGAACUAUGAGAAAAAGAAAAAACACGAGUUAUGAGAUGGAUAUGAAUUCCAGAUUAGUGCUGUCAAUUGAUUUGAUGAAAUAGGUCAGGGACUGGUAUUAUUGUUUAUUUAGUAUUAUCUCCAGAAGCUUACUUACACUUCAUGUUCUGUAGAAUUUCUUUAUAUGUGUAUAAUUUUUUGUUCUUUUUACCCUCUAUUAUACUGCAGAAAGAUCGAUUCUUUGGGAUCCUUGCUUUCUUCAAGCUGAGCGAACUGAGAUAGAAUCAGACCGAUUAUCGAAAUGCUUUUCUGGAUAUUCCUCAAUCUCCCGGCUAUUCAUGGAACAUGAGCUUCCGGAAGAAAAAGAAGAAUUUCUUGGGAAUCCUACAAGAUCCAUUCGUCCUUUUUCUCUGACAGAUGGUCAGAACUUCAUCUGGGUUCAAAUCCUACUGAGAGGUCCAGAUCAGAAGUUUACCAGUAACUGUGUGAAGUUUGCCAUUUAACGGCUUUGAAAUAUGGCAUUCCAGAGGAGCCUUGAGAAGAAUGUUUAUGAGAAUCAGUAUUCCUUCCAAUAUCAUAUACACUGAGGGUUAAAUGUCAAAGCAAUCUCAGCUUAAAGGUGGAUCAAAAAAUGGCCUCUAAACUUGAGUGUUUUCAUGCCAAGAUGAUACCACAACUAUCCUAUGGUGGUUGCAACUAUGAGGUUGUGCUAUGUUCUCCUAAUUUUGGACAUAACCACAGAAGAAGGCAUUCGUAUUCAUGUUCACAUGAUGACAACUGAUCGAAGGAGAAGGAAUGUAUUUAGGU